AUGCGGGAAAUGAAAGACAAAAAUCUCCGCAAAAAAGUUGUGAACGCUGGAUAUGCCUUAAACCAACCAUCAUUCAUGUAUUACCGCGAAGAAAUAAGAUUGCCAAGCGCGGAAGCAUUAAGGUGGGUAGAUAGCAUUCCAAUCGAGAAAUGGACAAGGGCUUUUGAUGGAGGAUGCCAAUGGGGUCACAUGAUCACAAAUCUUGUAGAAUCCCUAAACGGCGUAUUUAAGGGAACUAGAAACUUACCCAUCACUGCGUUGGUAAGAGCAACCUAUUACAGAUUGGGGUCACUUUUGUGGCAAGAGGCAAAAAAUGGAGCGCUGUUUUAG